AUGACCAUAAGAGCACAAGCAUGCAUGCCCUCUGACAAAUCGUCGGCCAAAGCCGCUGCGGGUGAUACGCACAUUUCCGGAAUGCUUCGCGUGCGCAGGAUGUCAGGGCAGGAGCUACCCGCAGUAAGCAUGGAAGACAUUAGACGAGUGUGGGACUUGAAGAAGUCACUUUGCCAGCUUCAUGGCUUCCCUAUUUGCAUGCAAGAGCUGAUGCACAAUGGCAAGACUUUGGACAAUUUGACUUUGUUAGAUGCCCCCAUGGAUAUAGAGUUGGUCCUCUCAGCCCCUUCCACAGCGGAGCAGCUCCUGGCAGCUGGCAAGGAGCUCGUUAAAGCCUGCGAGACGGGAAGCUUGGAGGUCGUGCGGUCCCUGCUUCAAGUUGGUGUCAACAAGGACUUUCAGAAUCCAGACUACAUGCAGCUCCCACGCACAGAAAGGCAUCACUACGUGGGCAUUGCAGGCUUCACACCUCUCAUUGUCGUGGCUGUGUAUGGCCAUAUAGAGAUCACGCGACUGCUGCUGGAAGGUGGUGCCAACAGGGAUGCACAAGAUAAGCGCGGCUUCAGCGCUCUGAUGUGCGCAGCUGAGUAUGGCCACCUGGAGAUAGUGCGGAUACUGCUGGAAGGUGGUGCGGACAAGGACCUGCAAAGUAAAGGCGGCGUGACAGCUCUCAUGCGCGCGGUUGACAGUGGCCACAUGGAGAUUGCACGUCUGCUGAUUGAAGCCGGUGCAAACAAGGACACGCAAGAUGAAGAUGGCCACACAGCCCUCAUGCUAGCAGCUGAAGAUGGACAAGUACAGAUCUGCCAGUUGCUGUUGGAAGCUGGUGCCAACAAAGACUUGAAGAGCCUUCUCGGCACCACGGCUCUCAUGCUUGCAGUUGACAGCUGCCAUGGCGAAACUGCAAAGUUGCUGUCGGCAAAGGCACGCAGAGUUUGA